AGCGGCGAUGCCCUCUUCGAGUUUGACGAGGACGACCCCUUCGAGGUGCCGCUGCACGACGUCACCACCCUCCGCUUUGACGCUAGCCACCUCGUCGGGCGCCGGAGGAAGAAGCACUCGCUGAUAGCAAAAACAGGGUACACGACCAUCGCAGUCAAGGACCUGGCCAGACAGACAAGGUGGCGCCUGAUGCUCUUCCGUGAGGCCACGUCGGGGAUGAUGGCGCCGGACGAGGCCCUCUACGGCACCGACCCCAAGGGAGAGCACGGGCCCAACGUCCGCCAGCCGACAUUCAUCAGGGUGCGGACCCAAGUGGUCGGGUGCGACGACCUCCGGCAGCACUCCGAGCUGGACUUCCUGCCCCGGUGGCGCCCCACGGCGGACUUCGAGCCCCGGCGCCAGGCCAGCCGCCCCGCCCCGCCGUCGGGCCAGAAGCGCGUGAUGCUCGUCACGCGGGGCACGCGCGGGGACGACGUGCAGCCCUUCGUGGCGCUGGCGCGGGGGCUGGCGCUACCCCCCUUCGGCUGCGAGGUGACGCUCGUCACGGAGCUCUGCAAUAAGGAGAGUUCGUGA